UAUCCGGUUCAAAAAUAUAAAAAAGACUCAAAUCACGCAGUCUACUUUGCUUACAUACAAGAUGCAGUACACACUUUUAAUUUUUCUGCUACUUGUUGUGUUUCUGUUUGUGCAAAGCAGUCAUGGCCAAACAACUACAAAGCAUCUGAAAUUUUCCCGUCCGGUCGAGUCGGAGACAGUUGAAGAUUUGGAUGGAUCUACAGCAGAUACAUUCCAAUUAAAUAUAAUGUCUACGGACCAAAAUGUUCAAUCGGAAAUGCCAUCUACUACAAGACGCCAAAUUAGAAAUUCAACACCUGCGUUGAAUAAAAUAUCUAUUAGUGCCAUUUCAAGUACAGCAGGGAUUACUACUAAUACUACUACUGCUACAAUAACCACAACUAGUAGAAGUAGUAGUAGUAGUAGUAGUAGUAGUAGUAGUAGUACCACCACCAGCAAAGCGAAAAGUAGUACCACCACCAGCAAAGCGAAAAGUAGUACCACCACCAGCAAAGCGAAAAGUCAAAGUGAAGUAGCCAAAGUGAAUGAGAGAGAUAGUUUAAAGAAACAACUCACCAACUACAAAAUAAUUGUCGCUGCAGUCAGUAUUUUGUUGGGCAUAGUAUUACUUAUGUUCAUUUUCUAUGUCAUCUCAAAAAAGAAAAACAGUUUAGAUAUUGAUCAGCCACGUUAUAAUACUCAGAUCUGUGAAAAUAAAACGUCAAAUAAAGCGAUGGCACAAACAACUGUAAGACUGAGUUCCUUUCUGCCGCAUGUGGACAACAUAGAAGAUGAAGACCCCGAUACCAAUGAUAACAGUAUUAGUUCGUUCCAGACAAGGAAGAAAAGCGCGCAAAAUACAUCAAUUUAGUAGGAAACAAAGAACACAUAUACAUAAUAUAAGAAGUCUUGAAUCUCCGUGCCGUUGAAACAAUUUUGAUAUAAUUCUGAGGUGAAGACCAGAGUUAAAAUUUAUUAAUCUUGCGCCCAAAACUGAUGCGUGAAAAAUGAAAAGAAGCGAAGCGAAUCUUUAAAUAAAAUUCUAUUACUUUAUCACAAAGACAAGAAACAAUGUAAUUACAUCUUUGAAAGUAGCGAUAUAAUUUUCACCCCAUUAGACUGCUUAGUGAUAUUUAUUAGCCAAACAUGAAUCAGACAGAAUAUCUGUUUUUUUAAUUCCAUCAAUAUUUGCACCAUAUUAAAUAUAACAUCGGUGAAAUGAAGAGAUUAUAUUUAUUGUUUUUUCUGAAGCAAUUUUCACUGUUUGCUUUUAUUGGUUCCAACUGAGAUGUCUAGUUACCAAAUUAUAAGAAUCUUUCCUCGUUGAUUUCUAACUCCUUUUCCUUUACCUCUCUCUGGUAAAAGUUUGGUUUAGUCUGAAAGAAAAUUUCAAAGAUUAAAAAUAUAUAUUGCAUUUUUAAUGUUAUUUUUUUUAUUUGGAUAGAAAAUAAACAAGAUUUAUAUAAACUAUACAUAUUAGCAUGCUCACAGCAAAGUUCAAGAUUUUCUUUUUCUACAAACUGCAAUGUUAUAUGAACUUCACCUCGUAUAGUAUUUCUUACUUUUUUCUCCAAUCGAACGAUUGUCCGUAGCCCUAACUGAAGUAUUUCUUGAUAGACUCUCACAAAAUUAGGUUAUAGACUAAAAAUCUUAAAUUUUUAGUCCGAUAAAAUUUAGGAAAUCUUUUCUCAAAUCAAUUAAAGCAAUGAUCAAUUUUCUUUAGAACUGAAGAAGAUAUGCUGCACUGACCACGGACCACGUGUGCUUGUCCCCAAUCAGUCACCCUUCAAAAUGUUCUUUUUAUUCUAAAAACAAGUGAUAAAAGUGUAACGGAGAACUAAAAGUUGAGAAAAAUGCUAAUGAAACAAUGGAUACUUGAGUGGUUGUGCUGAUAAGCGGAAAGGUUUCAACGGAUGAAUAUAUUGACGGAGGAAUUAUGAAUUUGUAAAUCGAUGUAUGGUUGGCUGAAUUUUUGAAUAAAAAAUAUAUUUAUGUUACCUUGCAGUGUGUCUGAAUGUAGAUGUGAAUUUGCCGCAGUAUUUCAAAGAGAACUGCAAUCGCUGCACUUGCUGCCAUGACAAUAAAUAAACCCAUCAUAUCUUCAAAUUUUAA